AGCAAAAUUUCAACAAAAACAAUUAUUGUUGUUUUUUUUCUAUGGCUACAAAAUAAAAACUUGCGAUUGUCAAAGCUCAAAUCAUUGUCAAAAGUGAAGAAGAGCAGACGAAAAAGGUACACAUUUGGAAAUGCAGAACGAAGGAUUUUAUUUCUGAAGUAGUAGAUUUGCAUAGAACAUUCGACUGACUAAUCGCAUGUGAGUGAAAAUAAAAUUGUGAUAAUCGUUGUGAAAUGUUGAAAAUUUUCAUAAUAACGUAUACAAGAAGAAAUUGUGCAGUAUAGUUACAUAAAAUUGUGAAAAGGGGCUAGGUGUGGGAGGCGAACGUCGUAAAUUCGCUUUCUCAUGUCCAACACCUCUACAACCAGAAUAAAAAUCGAUUACUGAAUAUGGCAAUUUGUCUGACAGUAACUAAUCCUUUGGGAAAAACCAUGGAUAGAGUGUACCAAUGCAAGUGGAUUGGAGGCACAACAGCACCACAUCAUAGAAAAAAUACACAACGAAAUAAUUGUCUAUGGAGCAGCCCUUCAUUGGGCAAUGAUAGCAGAAAAGACAGCACCAUAGUGCGUGGCGGAGGCAAUAGCGGGCAGCUUGUUUGUGGCCAUGCAACACACAUACUAUACUCACUGCUGCUACUAGCAGCAUUAACGCAUACCGCCAAUGCAACUGCAACGGAUAUUGCGCUGGACGCAAAGGCAACACUUACACAUAGAAUUGAUAGUCUUAAUUUGUUAGUUUACACCUUUUUGCUGACUUUAACCGUACUGACAAUUUGGCUGUUCAAGCAUCAUCGUGUUUCCUGGUUACAUGAAACUGGCCUUGCAGUUAUUUAUGGACUGAUUGUUGGCGCGGUUAUACGCUAUGCCGGCACUUCAACACCGCUUGUGCACUUGGAAGUUGAACCAACUGGUGAUCCAAAGUUUAAUCAAACCUUGCCACCCGAUACAUUAUGGAUGAAGUUUCCUGGUAAAUUGACACCAAAUACCACCGACAAUGAGCCAAUACAGAACAAAACAUAUGCAUAUGUUUUUCGUGGUCAAGUCUACGCUGUUGAUGAGAAUGAAAUCGAUUUGAAAGCCACUUUUGACCCAGAAAUUUUCUUCAACAUAAUACUACCGCCAAUAAUAUUUCAUGCAGGCUAUAGUCUUAAAAAGAAAUACUUUUUCCGCAAUUUAGGCGCUAUUUUGAUGUUCGCCAUUUUGGGCACAACAUUGUCAUCGUUCCUAAUCGGCGCUAUUAUGUACGGCUGUGUGAAACUAAUGCCAGAAUAUUUGAGUAGUAGUUUCACAUUCCUGGACACGCUGUAUUUUGGAGCGUUGAUAUCGCCAACAGAUCCACUUACAAUAUUAGCUAUAUUCCACGAUUUGCAUGUGGACGUAAAUUUAUAUGCGCUGGUGUUUGGUGAAUCUGUACUUAAUGAUGCAGUGGCCAUUGUGCUCAGCGGCGCUAUACAAAACUAUGGCGAACAUUACUCUAGCACAGGUGGUUUCGAAACAAAUGCCUUCUUCAAAGCGCUUAGCGAUUUCUUCUGCAUAUUCAUGUUGUCGCUGUUGAUUGGCGCCACAAUGGGCUGUUUUACGGCAUUGUUGACCAAGUUUACCCGGGUACGUGAAUUCCCGCUACUGGAAUCAGCUCUUUUCGUUCUCAUGUCGUAUAGUACUUUCCUGAUUGCGGAAGCUUCUGAACUAACUGGCGUUGUGGCUGUGCUAUUUUGCGGUAUUUGUCAAGCGCAUUAUACAUACAACAAUCUGUCGGAGGAUUCACGCACGCGCACAAAGGAAAUAUUUGAAUUACUCAAUUUCUUGGCAGAGAAUUUCAUAUUUUCAUACAUUGGCGUUUCGAUGUUUACCUUUCCCAAACAUCAUUUUGAUGCUGUUUUCAUAAUAACCGGUUUUGUCACCGCUGCCAUUGGACGCGCAGUAAAUAUUUAUCCGCUUUCAUGGCUAUUAAAUUUGAAUCGUAAACCGAAAAUUUCUUCAAAUUUUCAACACAUGCUGUUCUUUGCAGGUAUGCGCGGCGCUAUGUCCUUUGCUUUGGCCAUACGUAAUACACUUUCUGAGGCGCGUCAAACGAUGUUGACUACAACCUCGUUAAUUGUGAUCUUUACAGUCGUCAUACAGGGCGGCGCAUCCAAUUUUUUGCUAAAUUGGCUUAAAAUACCCGUUGGUGUCGAUGAAGAGACUGAACAACUAAAUAAUUAUCGAGUACGAAGUGUCUAUAAUUCAAUGGAAAAUACAGCGGCUGCGUCGAUCGAUACGGGACUCAAUUUGGGCCAGCUGCCUAUGUCGCGUCGACGAAGUUCCUUGUCUGAUGCAUAUUUGCAGGAUGUCGACGUAGAUGUCGAAGGCGCUGGUGGACUUGGUGAUGCAAGCACACAGGCGGCCAUAAAUGCAAAGCGCAAUGAGAAGGCAUUUUUGGCAAGAAUAUGGGGAAAUUUUGAUAGCAAGUAUAUGAAACCAUUGUUGACGCAUUCGCGACCAACUUUACUUGAGACUUUACCAGUUUGUUGCAAUCCCGUGGCGCGCUUACUCACCACAACCGAGCAAUUAACUCAGGAUGGUGGCGGUUUGCGACGCUCUGACUCAGAUUCGGAUAUUUGUAUUGAUGAUGAGAAUUUUGGUGCGUCUUCAACGAAUGGUAAUGGCGCAGCUGGUGCCAAUGGGGGCAGUGGUGGUUCCGGUGGUAUGGGUCCGCGUCGCAACUCGAUAAAUCGUCAAGCGAAUUUUUUAAAUGAAGCUAACCAAUUGAUAACAGAUCUUAGUUUAGUUACUAAUAAUUUUAUGUAAAAUAAAAAAAGAGUCUUAUAGGUUAAACAAUUGCUUAAUUGUAAAAUAUUUCUUGUACUUGUAUUCAAAUUCACGUACACUAUGGACCAUGGUACAUACAACACACACACAUACAUAUGUAUACGCAUUCAAACCCCCUCGCACAUACAUAAGUAUCACACCCAAGAUCACUCGUGCAUUGUAUUUAUUUACAUUUCUCCACAGUUUCAUAUUAAAGCUAAAGCAUUUCCCCGAUAGAAGGUAGAACUUAAAAAUAGUAUCCGGUACAAUAUCACAGCUUCGCUUUCAGUCGCUGCGUUGAAUCAACCCCUGCCUGUAAUGAACCUCACCGAGGACAGUUCUGAAGAGAUACGGGGUGUAUGGACGCACAUAGUGUACAUUACACCGUACUAGAAAAAAAUUAUUCGUCGUACACCUUCGAAAUUUUGUAACUGUAUUUUGUGUAACCCAGCAGAAAAUAUUAUUUCAGGACCACUUCAGGACUUGGUUAGGAUCGUUUCGGAACUAGUUCGGCAUCUUUCCGUGAUCUGUUUAGGAGCAUUUCGGGAUCGUUUCGCUACCUGUUCAGGACCAUUUUCGGACUAUUUGACUAGUGCGGGAUCAUUCUGGGACUAGUUGUGGGCUAUUUUAGUUCGCGUUAUUUGCGGGGGUAGUUUAGGACCAUUUCGGAACUGGUGGAGCACUCUUUCAGGAUCAUUUCGGUAGUAGUUCAGGACGAUUUUUGGACUGGUUCAGAACUAUUUCGGGAUAGUUCAUGACUAUUUCUGGACCAUUCUGUGGCUGGUUCGCGAUCAUUGUGCCACUGGUAAGGGACACUUUCAGGACGUUUCGUGACUUGUUCGAGAUCAUAAUGUUCCGACAAGGCAACGACUUUUUUAGAACCACUUCAGCGAUCAGUUCGAGAUCAUUUAGCUUAGUUGAAAUUAGUUACGAAGUGAUCUUCGAUUCGAAGACAAUUUCGAAUAUUUUACAUUUUUUCGUCAUAACUUUAUAGUCGGAUCUUAAAGUAUGGUACGCCUUUUUUUCUGGAGGAGGGCUAUCAGCUGUUUAUAAAAGUCUGAAAAGUCGUCAGAACCCACAAUAGAGUGUAGGAAAACUCUAAACUAACGGGAAAAUAAAUACAAAACGAAGGUAAUGUGGGCACCAGGAUAUAAAAAUAGUUUGGAUUCUGCGAAGCGGAUGAACUUCCAUAGUCAAGUACAUGCUUAUCGACCGUAAACACUCACGAGGCGCAUAUAUUGCAGGCAUCGGGCAAGCUUUGGCUUAAGUUAGAGCUCCUCCACAUCAAGCUUUUAUAGCGUUGCGACUUUUGGCUCUCAGACCGUAAUAAAUAUACAGCUUACGAGCUUAAUAGAGUGCUGAAGCCUGAAAAUCACUGAACGCCUGAUAAACUUUGUAAGAUGUUCCAGUCUUACAUAUGUAUGUACUUCAACUGGGAAUAGGAAUCAAUGCGGGCCACUGACUUCCGGAAUGUACGGCAGCGGAAUGGACUUUCUGGCAUAUGACUACUGUCGCAACUGCCGUGACGAUGAAGAAAUCGAUGUACACUUGCUUUGCUACUUUUCGGGUCUGGGUAGAUAUGGGUUAAGAUAUCUCCAUCAGUACUUUUUCAACGUCUGGCAGACCUGAACUACUCGACGAAAAUAUGCAAACUACAUAGCUUCAUUCGACAAAUUUCAGUGGCUCUAUACUAAGGUAAACUGUCGGAAGCAACAUUAAGCCAAUUAAACGAUCCCCUUAGACCUACAAAAGUGUGCCUCCAUGCGGUAUAUGGAUGUGGGAUGCCAACAAGUAUCAAGAACGUAUGUUUUUAUGUAACAGUAAUGCGAGUUUCACCCUCUAUAUUUUUGGAGUACCUACCGACGUGCCCAGAAAUCUCGUGGCAAUAAUUCUGUGGUCAUAAGCAAUAAUCGCCUAAGUCGAAAACCCUGAAUUCGAGAAAAAACGUUUUAAACAUUUGGAUUGUAAUGCUAUCCUUAUGGUGAAACCAAAUUUGUUCGUUUCGUCUAUAGCUUUUUAAAUAGCCUAGCUGGCGAGAUGGGGAUUUCACAUACACAUGGAAUAGUAGUUGCAGAAUACUCAUAUCUUUCUUAAGUCGAUUUAAGCAGUUAUUGCUUACGACCACAGAAUUUACAAAAUAAAUUAGGGAUAAUGCCCAUUGAAGGAUGAAAACAUUGGUGAGCUAGUCUGGCCAACAAUCCACUGAAGAUCCCAAUCAAAAGCAGUGCUGCGCCCACCACAUUCGAGUUGCUCUGAACCUGUCAAAAGCGUAUUUCAUCUGUAUUCGAUUAGGUUCUCAAUCGUCUCAUUUGCUGAUGGUUUCUGUGUAAUGCUACCAGGGAACGAUUUUGGCGAACAAUAAGCAAGUUCUUGUGAAUAGUUACAUACAUAUAUAUGUAUAUACAUAUAUCUCGGGAAGAUAAAUAGUUGUCAAAUCCAUGAUCAUUCUAUUCACUACAUCGAACGGAGAAUGUGGGCCUCUCGAACUGGUCCUAAAACCCUAUUUAAUAAAACUGUUGGCCAAAUCUCCGUACGCUGCAGCGUAUGGGCGCCGACAUGGUAUGGGGCAUAGCUAACAGCUUAACUUGCACGGUAAUGCAGUAUUCGAGUGUUAAGAAAUCUUUACUUUAAAUAUUUAGAAUAUUUAUGUGGUGUUUGAAGAGGGUUGCCACCUGUUUAAAAAGUUGAUUUCAAAUCGUUUAAUAAUUUCGACGAUCAUUAAAAGGUGUUUACCAACCGAAACGGGUUUAUUCGAAACUUCAUUUACAAGGGUUACCACUUAUUUGAAAAAUCAAGUUCAACUUAAUUCAUCAGUUAGUUGAAAUGUUUAUGCCAAUGUCAAACGAAAGAGAUUUAAGAAGAUUUUAGUUUGAAAACACUCUUGAAAAGGGUUGCACCCUGUUCGAAACGUCGAAUUUACUUAACUUGUAUACAAAAUAUACAUACAUAUAUGAUAUACUUAAAUAAGAGUGUCAAACGAAUGAGUUGUAUGAAAGCUUUAAUUUGAGAAUACAUUUUAUUAGGAUUGCCAGCUGUGUACAUACAUGUGUAUAAAUAUAAUAUGAGAAGACAUU